GCUUUCUUCGGAUACAGAACCACAGGGGCGGGGCUGGUGACAUAUAACCCACACAACAGCUGCGUCUGUGUCAGUGUUUGAACAUCCCAGCUCUUCAAGCUUCGCCCCUCACUCGCGAUUGCCAACACCUCACAAUGACGCUCCCGCAAACGGUUCGCGCAUAUCGCUCUAACCGCGAGGGCUACCGUAAACUCCAACUUACCGAGGGGCCCCUAGAGCAGCCGAAGGCAAUGGAGGUGCUUGUUAAAGUUCAUUCUGUAUCCCUCAAUUACCGUGACAUCGUCAUCGCGAGAGGACUCUAUCCCGGACCCGCAAUCAAAGACAAUGUGAUUCCAUGCUCUGAUAUGGCUGGCGAAAUUGUCGCCUUGGGGACAGACGUGGAGGGCUGGGAGGUUGGCGCACGCGUCAGCGCCAACUUUUCUCUAACACAUCUCGACGGUGACCCGUCGGCGAAAACGAGGGCUAACGCGUUGGGUGCGCCAAUAGACGGCGUUCUGAGGGAGUACAUGACAGUUCCAGUUCAUUCCCUCGUCCGCUUACCCGCAAAUUUGUCGUAUGACGAGGCUUCAACGCUCCCUUGCGCCGCUCUUACAGCGUGGAACGCAUUGGUUGGGCUCAAACCAAUCAAAGCUGGAGAUUAUGUCCUUCUCUUAGGAACAGGUGGCGUAUCGAUAUUCGGUUUGCAGUUAGCUGUCGUCUCCGGCGCCACGGCUAUCGUCACAUCUUCCUCAGAUGAGAAGCUCGAGUUCGCAAAAAGGCUCGGUGCACACCAUACAAUCAACUAUAAUAAGACCAAGAACUGGGACGAGGAGGUUUUAAGAAUCACUGGAGGACGUGGUGUGGAUCAUGUUAUCGAGGUCGGAGGUGCUGGAACGAUUGCCAGGUCCGCCAAUUCCGCCCGCCACGCUGGCUGCGUAGACCUUAUUGGAUUCGUAGCCGAAGGGGCUAACCAGAUUCCUGUUGAGACAGUCAUAUCAAAGGCACUCAUAUUCCGGGGUGUUUUGAUUGGAUCGGUGGCUCAAUUUGAAGCGAUGAACCGGCUCAUCGAGGCGAGGGAUAUACAUCCGAUCGUAGACAAGGUCUUCCCGUUCGAGGAAGCUAUUGACGCAUACGCGUACCUCGACUCCCAGAAGCAUGUUGGGAAGGUCGUCAUCAGAGUGUCCAAGAAUUAGAUAGAACCAAGUCUCUCGUUCACUUUUGUCACCUCGACAUCUUUUCAAGGGUUCGCAAUUUUGUCUAUGGAUCAACAGAAUACGACCCGG